GGCAGAUCCGUCCCACUACGGGAUUCCUACAUAAAGUACUUACACAACCUCCUACGUAUUCUCCAUUUUCUAUCUUUCGCAUUCCCUUCUUUUCAAACGUAAACCUCCAACUCUAGUCAAAUCGUUCAUAUCCGACAACGACCAUUUUCGGAAGAAUCCUCCUGGCAUCGCUUGCGCAUACCCGUGACGAACACACACAUACCUAGAAUCACGUCGAUUACCAUGAGAAAGUUCAUCAGCAAGGCUCGCGAUGAGCUCGACAAGGUGCUAGAUGAGUCCGGCGGGAAGCAGCACGCGAACGGCUCACAUCCUGGCUAUGGUCAAAACGGUUACGGGGGUGGCUACGGAUACAGCAACGGCGGACUUCAGAACCAAGGGUACCAGAACGGGGGAAGUCAAGGAGGCCCUUAUGCACACUCACCAACUGCUCAGCAAGGAGGAUAUAACAACUAUGCACCUCCCCCGGGACCGCCUCCCGGCACCCAUGGCAGUCUUCAAAACCAACACCAGCCCUACGGCCCCCCGCCUCCUCAAGGUGUAUAUGGAGGCCAUCAGCCCCCAGGUGGGAUCAGUCAGGGACCUCCCAUGGGCUAUGCCCCCCCUGGCGCCCGCGGCAGUAUGCCAUUCCCUCAGAAGGUCGUCAUGUGGUCACGCAUGUCUAGCUCGGGCGAAUCCUACAUCUUAGUCGGUCCUACUCUUGGGGAGCCCAGUCACGCGGGAAGGAUUCCCUCGCUUACCGGCAAACUUACCGUCACAGGAGGAGGCCACAAGGAGAAAGGGCCUCUUCUUGGCGAGGCCAAAGACUCUGGUCUCAGCGGCUCUUCAGCCCAGAUCACGCUGGCCGAUGGCUCCUCAUACGCCGUCAAGAAGAGCGGCAUGAGCUCCAUCGGUAACCUCUCCUACACUUUUACCGUGCCAGUCGACCGGGGUGGCGAGGAGACAUUCCAAUGGAAGACGAUGGACACUGGAUUCAAGGACAUGAGGCACGCCAAGUCGGGAUACAUCCUCAGCCGACCGGGAGACCUGGACAAUCCUGUCGCGACGUGGACUGACUACGGGGGCCUGGGCAUGCACACCAACUCAGAAAUGGGCACGAUUGAAUUUGUUGGACAGGGCGCGACGGGCGAGCUCGGCAGCACAUUUGCCAUCAUGACUGUGCUGUCCAUGAUGAAAGCAAAGCAAAAGGCAGCCGAAAAGGAGAUUGUGAAGGCAAUUGCGGGUGAGAUCUAGACACAACGGGGUGAUUUCAACGAGCGAUGCGUAGCGAGUUAAUGUCUUCUUGUACCGCAGACAGUUUCAUAGUAUCAGGGUGUCAAGAUGCUAUAGGUGACGCGCGGAGAUGCUCACUGUGAUACUUCGGCCGUCUUCAUACCAUAAGAC